AUGAUGAAAUUUUUAUUAUUACUCGUGUAUAUCGGACUCGGGUCUGGAAUGUCCAUAGUGAAUCCAGGUCCAAAAUUCCCUCCCACGAAAGGACAUGUAUGGCCCAAACCCCAAGAGGAAACGAAAGAAAACAAAUAUUUUUUAUUCAACCCUUCCCAUUUUAAAGUAAAGGUAGUUGGACAAAACUGCACAAUCCUUGUGAACGCAAUAAACCGUUAUUCUUUCAUAAUAAAAAACAAAAGUGGAUUACACCAUCGGAGGAACCACGAGCGGCGUAGACGUCGAAUUGGCAGGGAUGAGAAUUACCUGGGAGGUAUCGAUGAGUUGCAGGUGGACCUGACCGAAUCCUGCGAAGAGUAUCCGCAUUUUGAAAUGGAUGAGAGUUAUAAACUAAACGUGUCUUCAACAUCGACGCUGAGAAGUGCGUCAAUUUGGGGAAUCAUACGAGGUCUAGAGACGUUCUCGCAACUCUUUUACCUGUCGAAUGAUCGUAAUGAGCUACGAGUGAAUGCAACGAAAAUAACUGACUUUCCUCAAUACUCCCAUCGCGGUCUCUUACUGGACACAUCUCGCCACUUUAUCUCGAUGUCUAAUAUUCUGAAAAUGCUUGACGCGAUGUCCUACAACAAGUUGAAUGUCUUCCAUUGGCAUAUCGUCGAUGACCAGAGCUUCCCCUAUCAGAGCGAACGGUUCCCGGAGUUGAGCGAACAAGGCGCGUAUGACUCUUCAAUGGUCUAUACGAAGGAGGACAUACAAAGAGUAGUGGAGUACGCAAGAGAUCGUGGAAUACGAGUAAUACCUGAAUUUGAUGUACCAGGUCACACUCGGUCAUGGGGUAAUGCAUUCCCCGAUGUGCUGACAGAAUGUUACAGACAGGACAAAGUGGUUGGUUUGGGCCCCAUGAAUCCAACUAAGAAUAUCACCUACAAGCUCUUGAGGGAUUUAUUUCAAGAAGUGCAGACCUGGUUCCCGGAUAAAUACUUCCACAUUGGGGGUGAUGAAGUAGAACUGGAUUGUUGGCGUUCGAAUCCAGAGCUACGCGAAUAUAUGAACUCGCACAACCUCAGUGUCACACAGUUGCAUGGUCUCUUCAUGGAAAAUGCUAUACCGUUGCUGGCUAACGAUUCUGAAGUCGUACUUUGGCAGGAAGUAUUUGACGAAAAAGUACCACUAUCAAAAGAAACAAUAAUUCAUGUGUGGAAGGGAAGUUGGAUUAGCGAAAUGGUCUCGAUAUUAACAGCUGGACACAGACUGAUAUUCUCAUCCACCUGGUACCUGGACGCUUUGGGUAGCAACUGGCCAGAUUACUACUGGGCUGAUCCCCGCCAGAUGGUAAAUGUUAUGAGCAGGGUCUGGCCGCGAGCCAGUGCAGUCGCUGAACGAUUGUGGAGUGCAAACACGCUCGGCAGGCGAAUGCGCUCUAUUUUCGAUACAAUACCUUUAGAAGUAUACCAACGUAUGGAAGAACAUACAUGUAGAAUGAUAAGACGAGGCAUCGAUGCACAACCACCUUCGGGACCUGGCUUUUGUAUCCCAUAG